AUGGCCACUGGAGUAGAGAUCCGGGCAUACAACGACGUGGACGUGCCUGUCCUCAUUGCGUCGACAGCUGGUCGGCCCUCGGCCGAGUCGGCGCUCUACCUCCCGCCCGAGGAGUAUGUCACCUCGCUGCAGCCCGAGGAGCCGCAGCCGGCGCCGGUCCUACCCACCCGGGCGCGCACCUUGCUCCCGUCGGUCGCUGUGGCUGAUGACGGGUCUGCACCUGGUGGAGCAGGUGCUCGAGCGGUGGAAGGCUCGCAGACGACAGAAGAGGCAGCAGCAGCAGCGGCAGCCGAGGGAGCGGCUCCGCUGGUUCUCCCUCAGCGCAGCCUCGGCGGGAGCGUUGUCCGAUCGCUCGGCGACGAUGUGCCCGGAGUGGCGAUGGAUGUCGGCUUGGCUGACAACGGGUUGACCGAGCUCCCGCUCCCGCCGCCGAAUGCGUGCUACUUUGAGUCGCACUUUCCGUCCUUCCGCUCCAAGCCCAAGACCAAGCCCGGGCGGAUGCCGAACAAGUCGACCGAGUGGCUUGCGCCGGUCAAGGUCUCGUUCCUCACCGCCACACGGGCCAAGGCCAUGGCCGGCCUCAUCGAGAAGACCCGAGCGCACCUCCCACUGCUGGACAACGAUCCCGGGGCGGUCGCCCGCUCGCUCAUGGCGGCGUACACCCCCGACUACCCGUAUUGGCGCAUGCUGCUCGCUGAGAACAACUUGUGUCUCUACGGCCUCGGCUCGCGAUCCGAGCUCGCGCUGCGCUUUGCGUCGUGGCUGGCGGCCGAAGAGGCUGCUGCGGGCGAGACGCCUGUCCCCACUGUCGUCAUCAACGGCGCCUCGUCGCAGACCUCGGCGUCGGGGGUGCUUGGGUGCAUCCUCGAGGAGGUCUUUGGCGUGGUGACAAGGGUCCGAGUCGCCAAGGGUGUCGACAUUGUCCGCAAGUGCCUCCGCCGUGGGCCGUCUAAGCUCCGUCUCGUGGUCCUUGGUAUCGACGCCAAGUCGUUGCAGGGCCAGGCGGCGCAGGGCCUCAUCUGCGGCCUCGCCGAGCUGCGCGGCGUCUCGCUCAUCGCCACCCUCGAUCACAUGUCCGGACCGGUUCUCUGGGGCUCGGAGCGGGCCGACGUCCUCGCUUGGGCCUACAUCCACGCCCCGACGUACGCGCCGUCGAUCGUGCCGUCGGCCGAAAUCCAGACCAAGGCGCUUGCCGGCGGCGUCGUCACCAUCGAGGGCGUGCGGCGCAUCCUGGCCUCGGUCACGCCCAACUCGCGCGCUGUUUUUGACCUUGUCCUCGAGUCGGUGGCCGGCGGCGGGCCGCGGACCCGCAAGGGCAUCUCGCUCGCAAAUCUUCUUGCCGAGGCCCAGUCUUCGUUCCUCACCUCGGACGAGCGCUCACUUCGGGCCCAGCUCCGCGAGUUUGUUGAGCAUGGCAUGAUCGCCAUUCGUUCGCAGUCGUCGGGCGACGAGGUCGUCGUCCUCCUCGACCACGAGGUCGUUGCUCAGCUCCUCGGCGCCGACGACGACGACGACUUUUGAUCUCGUUUCGUUGUCCAUAGUAGCCUGCAGUCCGAGUACACCAUCCGUGU